UUUUUUUUUCUUUGUUCCUGUUCUGCAUUCCCGAAAGGUCAUUUCCGCAACACCCCGCUCUCUCCAUUUUCUUGCUCAUUUGAGAAACACAUAACAAAUAAUGUCGCCUCCUUCCUCCAAAAGCAAGCACUCGGAGUCGGGUGUCGCCCGUCUCUGCGGGUCCGGAACCUCGGGAUUCCUCGAACUAAUGAUCUUCCACCCCAUAGACACUGUAGCCAAGCGCCUCAUGAGCAACCAGACUCGUCUGUUCGUGUCUGGUCAACCUUUUAACGUCGGUUUGGCCAACACCAACAAGGUCAUUUUUAAGGAUGCCGCCAAUGCUGCAUUUUUGAAGAAGUAUGCAUCUUUGUUCCCUGGUCUUGGUUUCGCUGCUGGAUACAAGAUCAUGCAGCGUGUGUACAAGUUCGGUGGCCAGCCCUUUGUGAACGAGUACCUGAAUCGUAACUUCAAGGGCUCGUUCAAUGGCGUUUUUGGAGAGAAGACUGGCAAGACCAUGAUGCAUGCUACUGCUGGUUCUUUGGUCGGCAUUGGUGAGAUUGCCCUUUUGCCACUUGAUGUCCUCAAGAUCAAGAGGCAGACCAACCCUGAGGCCUUCCGUGGACGUGGCGUCAUGAAGAUUGUUGCGGAUGAGGGAAUGGGCUUGUACAGAGGUGCCCUCUGGACUGCUGGUCGUAAUGCCCCUGGCUCGUUUGCGCUCUUUGGAGGAAGCGCAUUCGUUAAAGAAUGGAUUUUUGGAUUGGAAGAUUAUAGCAAGGCUACAUUCUUCCAGAACUUCUGCGCCUCGAUUGGAGGGUCGGUUGCUUCUAUCACUGUGGCAGCACCCCUAGAUGUAGUCAAGACUCGAAUCCAGAAUCGCAACUUCGAUAACCCAGAGGGUGGUGUAAGCAUUAUUAAGAAAAUGGUUCGUAACGAAGGCUUUGGUGCUUUCUUUAAAGGAUUGUUACCAAAGAUCUUGGUUGUCGGACCCAAGUUGGUCUUCUCGUUCACGAUUGCUCAACAGUUGAUCCCCUUGUUCCAUCGCAAGUUUGAGGAGUUGGGCAUCACUCAAGUCGGCAAUGUUGUUGCCGUCAAGCAAGCCUAAAAAAUGAGUUGAGAGG